AUGACACCCCAACCUGGCCCCACCCUGGUGGGGGUCCCCUGCUCGGCCCGGAACUCUCCGGCCCCACCCCCGCUUCGGGUAGCCGCAGCCUCCCUCUCGCGGCCUCCCCAACCUGUCCCCGCUCGGUGCCGGUGCCGUCCCGCCGUUACCGGGUGCGUGUCCCGGCGGCUCCGCGGGGCGGCGGCUGCGGCGGGCGCGGGACGGCGCGGGGGCUCCGCCCCGAGACAGCUCCCCCUGCCGGCCGGAACCCGCACCGGCCACGGCUCCGCCACACGGCACCGGGCGGGGCAGCGAGUGGGGCGGGGCUAUCGCCGGGGAACGCGGUCAUGCGUGGUGAGGCGGGGCGAUGGGGCGUGCCGAAUUCACCGGGGACGCGGUUAUCGGGCCGAGGGCGGAGCGGGGUGUCCGCGGCACCGCCCGGGCCUCCGGGACGCGAGGAGGUGCUGUUGCCGCGGCACUUCCCGGGCGGGAGCACGUGCGUCCCAGUACCGAUCGAGGGUCUCAGCUCCCAUCUUCGCGGAGCAGGACUGGAACGAAGCGGCGGAGCCGCUGCCCCGCGGCGCCCUGGCGGGUCCGGGCCGGCCGGGCCCCGCGACGGGAAAGAGGCGGCUGCCCGGGACCGGUCGGCACGGCGAAGCGGCGCGGAAGCGGCCCCGGAAGCGGAAGAAGGCCGGCGGGCCGCGGGCCGCGCGCGGGGAGCUCCCGGCAGGUCCCGAAGAGCUCCGAGAGGUCGGGCAGCGGCCAGACACAGAUGUCCCGGAUGAGCCGGCGGAGGAGUCCGGGAAGCCGGUGGGGCUGAGCCGUAGGCAGCGGCGGAACCGGCAGAAGCGGCAGGCAGAGCCGCCGGCGGGGUCGGACGGGGAGCAGGGUUCAGGGCCGGGCCCCCCGGACCCGUCGGGCUCCGCGGAGGCUCCACCGGAGCCACGCUCGGCCGCGCUCCGCGCGCGAAUGGAGGAACGGCUGCUCGGCGCCCGGUUCCGCUACCUGAACCAGCAGCUCUACACCGGGAGCAGCCGGGACGCGGCGCGGCUCUUUCGCGCUGACCCUGCCGCUUUCCACCUGUACCACCGAGGCUUCGAGCGGCAGGUGCGGCGCUGGCCCGAGCGCCCCGUGCAGCGCAUCGUGCGCUACCUGCGCCGCCGGCCAGCGUCGCUAGUGGUGGCGGAUUUCGGGUGCGGGGACUGCACACUGGCUGCCAGUGUCAAAAACCAGGUGCACUGCUUCGACCUGGUGCCACUGUGCCCGCGGGUCACCGUCUGUGACAUGGCCAAGGUUCCACUGGCGGCUGAGUCGGUGGACGUGGCCGUGUUCUGCCUGGCGCUGAUGGGCACGAACCUGCAGGAGAUCCUUGGAGAGGCCAACCGUGUGCUCAAGCUUGGGGGGACCCUGAUGGUGGCUGAGGUGGCCAGCCGCUUUGAGGACACCCGUGCCUUCCUGAAGGCCAUGAUGCAGCUGGGCUUCAAGACCAUCUCCAAGGACCUCUCCAGCUCCUACUUCUACCUGUUGGAGUUCACCAAGACGGGCCCGGCCCGGCCCGGCCCUGCUCCCGGGUUGCGCCUGCGACCGUGUUUGUACAAGCGGCGGUGACCGGAGCGGCGGGACAGGGGGCGGGGCCACGGGGCUGGCCCC